UGAUUAAUGUUACUUGAAUAAUAUAUUAAUUCUAUAUAUGUAUGCUUGUUCUUACUCUAAAAAUAUUCUACCAUAAAUGUCAUUGAAUGUGCAAACACUUGGAGCAUAACAACUCCUUUUGGAUUUCUUAUAAAUGUAAUCAUAUGACGAAACGACCCGUAGGAAAUAUCGAUUGUUUCGCAUAUGCACGGAUGAUGGGUGAGAAGCCAAGGAGUAAUUCCAGGAAUAUUAGUUAGCCGAAUCAAUAGUCUAAUAAAUCCGGAAUGAUAACGCAAAGAUCUAUCAGGUUUCUUCCAUGUUUAUAUUUAAUGGAACUCUCAUUAAUGCCGCGUACGAAGAUUCUUGACAGUUGACUCAUCUGUAGCUAGCGAACGCCAAAUAGUUUUAUCUGCGUUGCGAUCAAAUAUUUACACCAAACAUCAAGGGAUAAGACGUUUGAUCAGCCGACGCCGACAAAGUUUGGCGAUAUAUAAGUGGUGUUUAUAACCUUAUUCAAGAUUUAGUUCAACCAAGACACAUUCAGCUGCAGUCUAUGAAGCAACAUGAAGUUUGCAGAACACUUGUCCGCUCAUAUAACGCCUGAGUGGCGUAAGCAAUAUAUUAGCUAUGAGGAAAUGAAAGCAAUGCUUUAUACAGCGAUGGAAGAGGCACCAUCCGCUGAGAGUGUAGAACCAGAAGUGAUAUCCCGUCAUUUUGCAUCAUUUGAUGAAAUCUUCUUCACAUUCUGUGAUCGUGAAUUAAAAAAAAUCAAUACAUUUUACUCUGAAAAAUUGGCAGAAGCUACGCGCAAAUAUGCAGCGUUGCAAAGUGAGUUGAAAACUGCGUUGGAACUGCAACAGAGAAGUGGAAAAAACAAAGAGAAAACUAGCACGAUGCCGUCCAUACCUACCAGAAAGCUGAGAGAGCUUAAACUCGCAUUUUCGGAAUUCUAUCUUUCUCUUGUCCUGCUUCAAAGCUAUCAAACCUUAAAUCACACUGGAUUCCGCAAGAUUCUCAAGAAACACGAUAAGUUAUUGUCGGUUGACGCUGGUUCAAAAUGGAGAGUCGAGUGUGUGGAGAACUCGCACUUCUAUACCUCCAAGGAUAUCAACAGAAUGAUACAGGAAACUGAAACUACAGUGAUCAACGAUUUGGAAGGUGGAAAUCGACAACGUGCUAUGAAACGCCUUCGGGUGCCACCACUUGGCGAGCAGCAAAGUCCAUGGACCACCUUUAAGGUCGGCUUGUUUUCUGGCAGUUUUAUUGUCCUGGCGGUUGCGGUUGUUCUUACAGCUAUCUUCCACGAUGGCGGGGAAAACCUGAAGAUCGCAUUUAGACUAUAUCGUGGUCCCUUGCUUAUUAUCGAAUUUUUGUUUCUUAUCGGAGUUAACGUUUACGGCUGGAGAUCUUCUGGUGUGAAUCAUGUUUUAAUAUUUGAACUGGAUCCACGAAAUCACCUCUCCGAGCAGCAUCUCAUGGAAUUGGCUGCUGUACUUGGAGUAAUUUGGACACUCAGCUUGCUGAGCUUUCUGUAUAGCGCCAGUUUGAGUAUACCGCCAUAUGUAAAUCCAUUAGUACUUGUCUGCAUUAUGGUGAUUUUUUUGAUAAAUCCACUAAAGAUAUUUCGCCAUGAAGCUCGUUGGUGGUUAUUGAAAAUCAUCCUACGUGUCGUGAUAUCGCCAUUUGCGUAUGUCAAUUUCGCCGACUUCUGGCUGGCCGAUCAGCUCAACAGUCUAGCGACAGCGUUCGUUGAUUUAUAUUUUCUAAUAUGCUUUUACAUAAUGAAUGGCGACUGGCAUGUACAGAAUGACAAUACAGAAUGUACGUCUGGUUACGCUUCUGUCGUCAUUAGAUCAAUUGUUAGUUGCCUGCCGGCAUGGUUUCGCUUUUCGCAAUGCGUUCGCCGCUACCGAGACUCCAGAGAAGCAUUCCCGCAUUUGGCGAACGCUGGAAAGUAUGCUAUGACUUUCAUUGUUGUCGCGACUAACACUUUAUCCAGCUAUUACGCAGUGGAAUAUGCAAAUCGUUGGGAGAACGGGUGGUUAUGGGCGUGGUUGUUUUGUAGUUUUGCAAGCUCGAUAUACUCCUUCACAUGGGAUCUUAAGAUGGAUUGGGGCCUUUUAGAUAAAAACGCCGGUGAAAACCGAUUUCUCCGUGAAGAGAUGGUUUACUCGGCAACUGGAUUUUAUUACUUCGCAAUAAUAGAAGAUUUUAUACUACGCUUUGUGUGGAUCGUCAGUUUUAUUCUCAUUGAAUUAGAGUAUGUCUCUAAUGACCUAAUGACUUCCAUAGUAGCGCCUCUUGAGGUUUUCAGGCGAUUUGUAUGGAAUUUUUUCCGACUGGAGAACGAGCAUUUAAAUAACUGCGGCAAAUUCCGAGCCGUACGUGAUAUCUCAAUAGCUCCGAUAGACAGCUCCGACCAGACGCAAAUUCUGCGUAUGAUGGAUGAAAUCGAUGGCGUAGUUAACAGAGGAAAACGCAAGGGCGGCGGUAAAAAACAGGGUAACGUGAAGGAGGAUAGGCGAGCGUUACUUAAGGAUGAAACUAUAGACCUCGAAAUUUCGAAUGCCAGUUUGAUGUAGCUCAAGAUUUAUACAAUGUUUUCUUAAAUUUGCAACACUUGUAAGUAUUUCGAAGUUUCGUACUUAGACGGCGAGAUAUAAUUCCGUGCGAUUUACAGUUAAUAUACACUUGAUUUUGUUAGACUAUAGAUAAUCACUAGAGUUUCAGCUGAUCGUAGAUUCGGGGUUGUUACAGUGCCUUUUAUGUUAUAUUUUUCACGUAACACACAUUUUACAAUGAAGUUGUAAAACAUACAUUUUACAAUGAAGUUGUAAUGAUCGAAUGUAUUGAUAUUCUGUUGCAUGUUCGAGUUAAUUCAAGAGCGAGAUAAAUGCAUGUUAGUAGUUUAUUUAAUCAAUAGAUGAUAAUCGACUCGAAUGUGCAACAAAUUCCGUACACUGAUCUAAGGAAUCCUAGUUUGCACUAAAAGUCUUCCAGCACAGAAAAAUAGCGAAUAGACAUAGUGUUACAGACAGUACAGAUUUCUAAGGGAUAUCUUAAAGACGUCUCCAAGACAUCCCCAAGACGUUCCUUGUGCUGUCUGAGGUUGAAUAAACGAAACAGCUUUACGAAUUUUGUAGGCUUCAGAUCUAGACACGUAGUAAAAUAUAAUAUAUUACAUUAUAUGACGCGUGUGUCUCGCAUGUCACGAGAGCUUUACGAAUUGUGCCGUUAUUGGCGAAUAGAUCGGUCGUUUUGUCUGCCAUAAUAAUUUUAUCGGCUGUAUCACUACCAAACUUAUUCUAAAAGACAAAAAAACGCCAUUGUUUAAAUCGUUGUAGAUCAAUGCUGUGUAAAUAUCUGUACGAAUAUUAUAAGUAGACAGAUAGAAUAUUUAUGCAGCAUAGUCUAACGUUAUUAUGCUCAUAACGUAUAAGUGAUAUUAAAUAUAUACCAAUACUAGAGGCUGUUAUAAGAUACUUUUUUACAUGUAUUGUAUAUAUUGCGAUAUUUAUAUCAGGUGUGUACGAUCACAUCGAAGCGAAUAUACGCUGCUUUUGGUCGAUGAAGAAAGUAGAGAUGUACACUCGUUUGCACAAUAGUUUUCGCAUAUUUUCUCAAGUGAAGUUUGCAUCACGUAAAAUAAUCACGAUUGCGAGCCAUUGUUUACGAGCUUGCGUGAUAAUUAGUUAUGAUAAGCUAACAUGACAAUAUACAUAGUAAAUAUGAUACUUUUAUAUAGUAGAUAAAAUUAUAAUAAAAAUCUUACGUUUUUUUCCUUUGGAUACUUUUAGCUGUAAUUGAUAUCAGAUGUUUCGUAUACGAUCAUUUUGAGUCCUGUCAACUGAUUACCUUGGAAGCUCGUAAGUAGUGGCUCGCAAUCGUGCCACUUUAUGUGCUCCUAACUUCAUCAGAAAAAAAUGUGUGAAAACUAAUAAAAUAUUUCGUAUGUUUAAUUUACUAAUAAAAUGUAUUUAGAUACUUAGCAUUUCAUACAUAAAACAGUAUUAUAUUUAGCCAACUAUUUAUAUAUAAACAUAAUAUCCCUUGUUAUGAUACUAGUAUAUGAUAAAAAAUAUGAGCAAUGUACUUUGUGCUAUCUGGUGCGCUCUUUCAGUUGUUACUUACAUGAAAAAAAAAACAUGCUCAAUAAUAAGACUAGGUAGUAGAUUUGUGUGUAUUACUGUAUUAUUCAAAAUUUUAUCAGUUAUCUAUAGCAUUUAUUUAUACAGAUGUGCCAUGGAAUAAUUAAGACCAUGAUUAUAAAUCAUACAAGAAAGUAGACUUAAAGACAAUGAAAUAUAAUACCUCUUCAAUCUUUAACAUUUACUUCUUUGUAUGAUUUACUGAGCAGAUCAUAUAUCGGUGCAGAAUUUUAUGGGACCUAUGAUAUAUAGAGAGCAUUGAACUUUAUUAAAUAAAAAAUCACUUAUUAUUGUAACAAUAUUAUGUUAAGAAAAAUAGUAUCAUAUGUAGCCUAGAGGAUUAUAGUUAUAUUUUCUAUAUUGAAAUUUUGUUGAGAUAGUUGUAUUUAUUUUGUUCUUUCGUGCUUAAUUUGCAGGUACUUAUCUGUAGAGAAUCUUUACCUUAGUAAAUAACAUUAGGGCUCUAGAAACGAAUUUUACACAUAUUAGAUCUUGUAUUCCAAUAAUUGUGAUGACUAUUUUCCUUUAUAAAUAAUCAUUUUAUAUCACUAUUUUCUUGUAUAAAUAAUCGUAAAAGUUGGCUGUAAUACGAAAAUAUUGGAUAUUUUUAUAUUAUUAUACUGCAAAUAUACACACACAUACCCCUACAUAUAUACACAUGCAUAUAGACUGCUAAUGUGAAUACAUAAUUAUUCAAGUGAAAUCUUGUAAAUAAUUUUCACUAUUGUAAUAAACUCAUUAUAAUACAUGACA